GUUUCGUCAGAGAGUUUCACCGGUGAAUGUUCGUCUGUCACCGCCGGAAUUAUUCAUCAAAAUCACCGUUAAACACCGUCAAUUCGACACGAUUUCACACAUAAUUGCGCUGUUAGCGGCGGAUCUUCCGUUUCACGUCGAUUACACGGAUUUAUUGACAUUGAUCCGCAGAGACUCGCGCGACCGGACUAACAGAGGCAUUUAAAUCUGAAUCGAAUCUGAGUCGAAUAUGAGCGCUCUUGAAUCGGUGGAUCGAGUUGAGUUGUGUGAAAGUCUCUUGACAUGGAUUCAGACGUUUGGUGUGGAGGCGUCGUGUUCAACAGUAGAUGAACUCACCGGUGGAGUCGCCAUGGCACAAGUGCUGCAGAAAAUUGAUGUGAUGUAUUUCACUGACGCUUGGAUCAGUCGUAUUAAACCCGAUGUCGGGGAUAACUGGAGAUUAAAGAUCAGUAAUUUAAAGAAAAUAUUGAAAGGUAUUCUGGAUUAUAACCAUGAGGUGUUGGGGCAGCAGAUCACAGAUUUCACUCUUCCAGAUGUCAGUCUUAUUGCAGAACAUUCAGACGCAGCUGAAUUAGGCCGCAUGCUGCAGCUCAUCUUGGGCUGCGCUGUUAACUGCGAACAGAAACAAGAAUACAUCCAGACCAUAAUGAUGAUGGAGGAGUCGGUCCAGCACGUCGUCAUGACGGCCAUCCAAGAGCUGAUGAGUAAAGAGACGCCCGUGUCCACAGGAAGUGACUCGUAUGUUGACCUGGACAGACAGUUGAAGAAGACAGUGGAGGAGUUGAACGACGCUUUGGCCACUAAAGAGGAAAUCGCUCAACGCUGUCACGAGCUCGACAUGCAGGUGGCAGCUCUACAGGAAGAGAAGAGCAGUCUGUUGGCAGAGAAUCAGGUGUUGAUGGAGCGUCUCAAUCAGUCAGACUCCGUCGAGGAUCUGAACAGUCCAGCGGGUCGCAGACACCUGCAGCUGCAGACGCAACUAGAACAGCUGCAGGAGGAGACAUUCAGGCUGGAGGCUGCUAAGGAUGAUUACCGCAUCCGCUGUGAGGAGCUGGAGAAGGAGUUACUGGAGGUCAGAGGUCAGAAUGAAGAGUUGACCUCUCUGGCCGAGGAAGCACAGACGCUCAAAGAUGAGAUGGAUGUGCUCAGGCACUCGUCUGAUAAGGUGUCUAAGCUGGAGGCUCAGGUUGAAGUGUACAAGAAGAAGCUGGAGGAUCUUGGAGAUCUGCGUCGUCAGGUGAAGCUGUUAGAGGAGAAGAACACUAGUUACAUGCAGAACACUGUGAGUCUGGAGGAAGAUCUGCGCAAGGCCAACACCGCACGAGGACAACUGGAGACGUACAAGAGACAGGUGGUGGAGCUUCAGAACAAACUCUCUGAAGAGUCCAAGAAAGCAGAUAAGAUGGAGUUUGAGUAUAAGCGAGUGAAGGAGAAAGUGGACUCCCUUCAGAAAGAGAAAGACCGUAUGAGGACAGAACGAGACUCACUGAAGGACACAAUUGAAGAGCUGAAGUGUGUUAAAGCUCAAGAGUGUCAGCUGACAUCAGGUCUGGUGCCGCUCGGCAGUAACGAGGCAUCUGAUUCGCUGGCUGCAGAGAUCAUCACACCAGAGAUCCGGGAGCGUCUGAUUCGACUGCAGCAUGAGAAUAAGAUGUUGAAACUGGCACAGGAGGGAUCAGAUAAUGAACAGAUCGCUCUGCUCAAGAGUUUACUAGAGGAUGCCAACAGCAGAAAGAACGAACUGGAGAGUGAGAACAGGCUGGCGAAUCAGAGGUUAUUGGCGGGUCAGUCUCAGGUGGAGGAGCUGCAGAAAUCUCUUCAGGAACACGGAUCUAAAUCAGAGGAUUCUGUUUUAAUGAAGAGGAAAUGCCAAGAGCAUCUUGAGAAAUUAAGAGACGCCACUAAUGAGCUUCAGAAGAAGAGUGUUUUCAUUGAAGAGCUGGAGAACAAACACACUUCCAGCACUCAGAAGAUUGAAGAACUAGAGGACGCUCUGAAGAAGAAAGAUGAAGACAUGAGACAGAUGGAGGAGAGAUACAAGAAAUACUUGGAGAAAGCCAAGAGUGUGAUCAGGACUCUGGAUCCUAAACAGAAUCAGGGUUCUGCUCCUGAAGUUCAAGCGCUGAAGAAUCAACUGCAGGAGAAAGAGAGAAUGCUGCACUCACUAGAGAAGGAAUAUGAUAAGACAAAGUGUCAACGAGAUCAAGAGGAGAAGCUCAUCGUAUCUGCCUGGUACAACAUGGGAAUGGCUCUACAGAAGAAAGCAGCAGAAGAUCGUUUGGCUGGCAUGGGUUCGGGUCAGUCUUUUCUCGCCCGGCAGAGACAGGCCACGAGCACACGCCGGGCGUAUCCGGGUCACGUGCAGCCCACCUCAGCCAGGUAGAGCUUCCUGCCAAAGCUGUCGCCAUGGCUACCAUCAUCACAGCGACGCUAUAGCCAAUCAGGACACUCGCUGUCUUACGGUCCUCUUCCACUGACGCCUGACACACGUCCUGCUCUUUCUCCUCUGGUGUUUUAGUUUCGGGGUGUUUAAGAAGAGAUGCGGAUCACUUUACACUGCAGAUUCUCGUCUCGACUCGUCUGCAGUCAUGUUUGUUCAUCUGCAAUGAUGCAGAGAUGUAGAGUGAAGGUUUGUGUAGCAGACAGUCAUGUUUCAUAUGAUGUUCGUUUACAUUGCACAGACUAUUAAUAAACACUUUAAAUGAGGGCUUGCAGUUAUUAAAAGGUGAAGGGUGUCAUUUUGUGGAUGUUAAAAUACUUUCUCUUAUCUCAGUUUAUUUUUUAGAGUCAACUGUAAGUAAUCCAUUAAUAGUUAGGUUUAGACAUGUCAAGCAAUGGUGUGAGUUUGGGGCGGGGCUAUCUGUUUGGUCAACCAGUGGCAGACGGGGUAGUGUUUUUGUUUUCCAUUUGGUGCCGCUAAUGUUACAGAAAUGACACACUUCAGCUUUAAAGACUGUUAAUCACAUUAACUCUGACAGCAGAACUGUGAUCAGUGUUUAUUUAUUAUUUGCUUUAAGACUCUGCAGCAUCUCCUCUUAAACACCGUCUGUUUUUAUUUUGUCUGGAGUGUGUCAGGAUUCAUAACACAUCUAAACACACAUAUUUAAUGUACAUUCUUACAUAUGUGAGAUAUUGAUAUCAUUAUACAUUGAUAUCUACGCAUUGAAAGAGUGACAGUGUUGCACCAAAAUGAUGAGUUUUCUUUAGAUAUGCAUGGCUGAUGUGAGGAACAGUGAGGUAAUGGCUUAUUCUGUAAAGAUUCUGUUCUGUCAUGUUGUCAUGUUGUCACCAACCGAGUUUUCGUGUCUUAAUUCAGUCAUUAGACGAGUUUGUGCUUAUUGUUGUAUGUUUGAUGUGUCACAUUCAUUCACGAUGCCUUAAUCGACACUCGCUGAACUGAACUGAGCUCCUGAUACUGUCAGUCAGCUGUGUUUCUGUCUGAGGUCACAGAUCGUACAGUAUCAUGAUGUUCAGUGAUCGGUAAUGUACAGUGUUACUCUUCGCUCAGAAUUAGUCCGAUGCUUUCCUUCAUGAAUCUUCAGAUCAGUUCAAUUGAUAUUUCUUUUGAGGAAGUCAUAUUUAGACCACGUCCACACUGAUACUUUAAUUUAGCUACAUUUCCACAGAACAUUUCCAUUCAUACAGAACAGCGGUUUCCUCCACCGAAAAUGGCGUUUCUCCAUUACCGCAUACUUUGGAAAACAAUGAAGUUAGGAAAUGGAAAAAGGGUUACAGAGGAGUGUGGACGUGGCCUGAACUUGUCGAGCUUUUAGUUAUGAAGAAACACUUUUCUCAGUGCCAAAUUGAGAAUUAUUUCAUCAUUUCCACACAAUAUCAACUAACAGCUUUAUCAAAAUUAAAAUCACUACCUAACUCAUUAAGCACGAUCAUGAAAAUUAAAGUCAACAUGAAACACUGUUCGCAAACCAUUUUACUUCCGUAAUGUGACCUAUUUCCAAAUAAAAUAGGAUGUUCUGUGAGAAACAAUGGUUCACGUCAUGUUGGAAUUACCGUAAUUACUAGAUUUUAAAUUGUAAUUGAGUUCUACGAGGACGUAAACGUGAGUGAGUUCUAUGUGAGUUCUGAGUUGACAGUCGUGAUGUCAUUAAAGAACUGAUAUGACGGCGACCUCAACAGCUACAGAAAAUUAUAGAGGUGAAUUCAUGAAUAAAUGUAACGAUAAAUAUUUUGGUGUUUUGCCAUAGAAACGAAUAACGUCCAAGAACGUGAUCACAGUAAUUCUGACUUGACGUGAACACCGCAUACAUGUUAAUUAAAAAUGAUGACAAUUGACCAAUGCGCUGUACAACAAUGUACAGUGGCAAGAAAAAGUAUGUGAACCCUUUGUAGCUAGCUGGUUUUCUGCAUGAAUUGAUCAUAUAAUGUGAUCUUAUCUUUUUCAUCGUAAAAUAUGUUGCUUAAAUCAUUUAAUAAAUUAAAUGUAUUUAUAUAUUUUCGGAAAAACACAACGACACGAAGUCAGCUCUUCGGUCGUGUCCGACUCAGAAAGAACCGAAUGAGCCAGUCCACGAACUGUCGAAGUUACCCGAGGAGUCUUAAUGAGGAGCUGCUGAUACUAUGAGCAUGCGUGUACCGAGGACAUGAACGAGUCUGGGGUGAACUAUAAGUUUCAACCAAAAUGUACUGGAAACAUUCUUAUGGCUAGUUUUAUUAAAUACAAUUUAAGACACGUAGAACAUAUCCGCAUUUGUGCAUCAGUGUCUGUAUUGGGUGCUUUAGGAGCAAAACUUUCAUGUAGGAACUUAUCCAAGAUGUAAUCACUAUCAGUCGUAUUCGACAUGCAGGAUCACAGAAUGAAACAUUGAUGACAAUAACACCAUUAUUAUUAGAACUUCAUUAAAUAAAAGGUAAUAAUCAGCAAUGUGUGUUCACAUAUGGCUUUAUUUAAACGUUUGAGCGUGAAAACCAUGACUCCGGGAUGUUAGAAUUAAGUGCGAGAGACGUCAUUACAUGAUGACGUAAAAGAACCGCUGAAUUGGUUUUUGAACUGGUUCAUGGAAACGAACUGUCUGAAAGAACCGGUUCAAGAAAAUUAAUCAGACUUCCCAUCAUUAGUCACGUGACACCUGUUACUUUUGGCAGCGCUGAAUUCAGAAUGGGCCAAUCACAAUCAAGUGUUACUGGAGGAUUUAAAUAUAUAUUUGAUAGAUUCUGCUGAAGCAGAUCCUUACAACUAUCAGUUUUAAUUAUGAAUUACUCUCCAGAGUGAUCAAAUGAGAUGAUGUAAAACAAGAUUUGAAUGCAGAUCAAUGGAGGAUUCAGUUUGUGAGUCGUCUAGCGCCCCCUUGUGUAAAGAAAGCUUUGUGUCUCAUAAAAUAGGUUAUUUCUGAUGACAUCUGGCUCAAUAUCAAAAUAUGUUGACAGUCAUGUCCCUUACCUAUUUUA